AUGAGUAAUAAAGGGCUCUCAAGUCGAGUUCUGAACAUGAAGUUCAUGAAGAGCUCUGAUGAGAAAGCAGAAGAGUUCAAGACAGCAAGGGUGACGGACUCAAGUGAAUGGUCGUUGCCUAAUGCCUCCAAAAUGAAAAAGAAGUUAAGGAGGGUUCAUGUAGAGAGUGUAGGAUAUUCUGAUGCCGCAGGAUUUAGUUCACGGCGAAGAGUGUUUGGUGAGACAGAUGAAAAAUUUGGAGAGGAAGAAGUAGAAAAAUCAGAUGAAGAAACAUAUAGUAAAGACUCAGUUAAAACUAAAAAGAAAAAGAAAGGGCUGAAGGAAAGUGAAGGAUUUCUAGACGAUUUGUGGAAGAAGACCCAAGCAAAAAGAAAGUUGUCUCGGAAAGAGUCCCAGGAAGAUUUCCUAGAAGACUCCCAUCAAGAUACAAGCAAGAAGCUUCGAACUGAAUAA